CCGUCUGCCCUCCCCGCCCGCCGCGGGUUCCGACGCGCGGGGCGGCAGCGCUGGGUGCGGGGGGGUCGCGGUGAGGCCGUUAAACAGCGUCCCCACGUAACUCCCGUAGCGCGCUGUGGUCGCGCUGUGUUUUGGAGCGCCCUGCCUCGGCCCGCCGGGCUGCGGGGAUCCCCGCGCCGAGCGCUUCCCGCAGGGCCCGGUGCUGCCGGCGCUGCGCCGCGUGCUGAUGCGAUGGGGAGCGUCUGGCAGCUGCGCGCUGCGGUGUGGAUGUGGACGUGGAUGUGGACGUUCGUCACCUCCCAGGAGCCGCUGCUGCGGGAGGGGAGGCGGCCGCUCCCGGCUGUUCUUUGGUCGGUGGAAGCAUCGGGAAAAACAAAACCGAAAGCGCCCUCUGAGGAGUGCGGUUCUCAGAGUGAGCCUGCGGUGCUUCGUGCUGCGAUGUGCUGUCGGAAUGAUGGCCCGGGAGCGGUGCUGGGACGGAGAGCUUCCUGGUGAUGUCACUGAGGAGCGGAACCAAGAGCUGCUGAGGAGGCACUGUGUGCUGUGUGUGCAGCGCUGCCCGUGGAGCUGGGGAAGCCUGCUGGUGUGAUUCAUUCCCUGGGGCUGGUUAGAGAUGACAACCGAAAUGUUAAAAAUACCCAAAUGUUUCUGACCCCUGGGAUCCGUCCCUCUCUUGGCCCGGCUGAUCCAGGAGCUGCUGGGGGCCGUUUCUUUGUCGUCCUCCUGGCAGCCCUGUGUUCUGUCACUGUGGCUGCUCAGGGCUGGAUCCUUCUCCGUGUUCUUCAGCGCUGGAGGAUGUGACAGCCUCUUCUGGGAGGUAUCUCAAAUCAUUUGGAAAAUAUUGUGAAAUGAUCUGGACGGAGUGCUGCUUUCACGGUGCUUCUGCCGCAGAAUUCAGAUGUGUUGAUGCCUCUGCAGGAAAUCGUCAUUAACCUCAAUAAAACAAUGAGUGUGAAAUUUGCCACGCAAAGUAAAUUGUGCAGAAAUCAAAGAGGAGGUUCCAGACCUGGCCUUAAUUCGGGUCAUGAUGAGUCCGACAGAUGUUGCUUGGAGGCUGUCAGGUGUGGAUGAUCAAGAAGGCUCCUUCUGCUGCUGCUUUACAUGAAAUUAGCUGCAUCCCAGUCGGCUGCUCCAGUAAUCAUAAACGUCCUGGGCCGCCUCUGCAGGGAGUGCUGCCAGGCCCUGGGGUUGGUUGGCUGUAGGGCUCUGGUUGUGGGUAUGGGCUGUUCCAGGAUUCCUGCUCUGUUCCUCACUGGGCACUGGAGUUUCCCAGGCUGUGGAUCCAGCCUGUUUUGUGUAAUUGUCAUCUUAGGGUAAUAUGAGGAAUGGCAGAAGCUCCUCAUGUCGAUGUUUAAUCUCCCAUACAUUUGCAGAGCAUUUGAAUACUCUGACUGAGAUAAUUUCUGUACAACAUGAAAAAGGGGUUCAGUGCUUGGAACUGAAGCCUGUUUUGAACUCAGGAUCAUCUUUUUUAAGGUGACUCACGUGAGCGUUGUUGUCUUUCCGUGCAGGUGGGCUGUUUCCUGCAUCCAGGCCUUCAUGGAAGCCAGUGCUCCAGGUGAUCCUGGGCCUUCUGUGGGCUCUCUCAAAUGCUGAGACUCAGCCCUGCCAUCAGCAGUGGUGCUGUUGGUAUGCAGUGGGUUAAUAGUGAGCUCUGCUAGCAAGGUGCAUUACAUAACUGCGUAAUUAACGCCCAGGGCUCAUCUGGCUGUUUACACUGGGUGCUGCAGGGGGCAUUGGCUCCUUCCUGUGCUCCUGUUCUCUGCUGUGGCUGAGUUUGUCCUCAGGUCUUGGGUGUGCUCUGGGCUGUAUGUAGAGGACAGUAUGCAUCUGUCUGUACACCCUGUGGACUAAAUGUCUGUGAUUUUUCUGUUGACUGCUCUCCCAAAAGACUUGGGUCCCAAGGCAGCCCUUCAGUUGGUGAGACUAUCCAAGCACAUGUCUGUGUGUACAGGCUUGAGAUUUCUCUGGUUCUAAAUCAUUCUGCAUGUAAAUGUCUUCGUUCUCACUGCUGCAUUGCAGCUGGGAGCAAACUCACUGCUUGCUCAGUGGGGGGUGCUGAUGUGCAGAGCAAUGUGUGCAUGGAGUGCUGUUCUGCUCUGCUUCCCUUUUGGUCGCUGCUGCCACAGGGUCAGUGUGAGAACAUCUCCUGAGGGUGGUCGUGGUUUGUCUUCUGUGACUCUGUGUUUUGUACCUGCGGAUCUGGUAUUGCACCUGCACUCUUCUUUCGUGUCAGAUUUGGAGUAGGAUAGAUAUGUGUUCCCUUCGCUUGAGCUCCUCAGUCACAAAGUACAGCCCAGCCUGGAAGAAGUGUGUGCUCAUUGCCUGGCUUCAGUUCUGAGCCCUGAAAGGAGGGAAGGCUGCAGUAUGUCCAGUGGGAAACACAGCAGCUAAUUUUAAGCUCUAGACAUCUGCCCAACGUAAGCUGUAUUGAGAUCACCCAACUUAUUUUACCCAAGCAGCUGAGUAACAUCUGACAGCUGAGAAUCUCGUCUGGAAUCCAACAGGGGAACUGUGGGCUGGAGGCACCAUGUGCUAUUAAGGAAAAGUCUCUGCUAGAGUUGCCCAGAGAAGCCAGCUGUGCUCUUUGGGUUUGGGCAUCCCCAAGGAGACGGGGCUGAUGGGUUGGUGAGGCUCUGGACGCCUUGUAGGCAGCUGGCCCAGUUAAACUUCCCAUUUCCCUUAGAUUUUGUGGUUUCAGACUGCCCUGGUGACCACGAGGUACUCAUGUUUUCUGGUUGGGAUUUCAGAGCAUCCCUUAAAUCCCAUGUAUUUUUUUUUUUUUUGUCAGUGUGUUGUAAUGGAGGCAGGAGAUGAAGUAGGAGAGGUGUUCCUGAGCUGAGCAGUCGUAAUGCUGCUACGUGCUGUGUGUCUGAGCUCUGAGAGCACAGCUCUGCAGGCACCUACCUGUGUGCACAGCAUUGGAGCAGGGCUGUGCCAGCACUGCCAGACCUGCGAGCUGCUCCCUGCUCAGGUCCUGAUGGCUUGGGAAGGUGAGCUGUGCUGGAAGGCAGGUCUGUGUGUUCCUUGCUGCAAGCUGCAGCAGGAGGGGAGCCUGCAAUUGGUUCGUGGGGGCUGCCAGUGCUGGGGAGGAGGCAGGAGCUGUUAGCAGCCGUGGGAUUGUGCUAUGGGAUGGGAUGGUUGUGCCUCACAGCUCUGCUGCCUGCAGAGAGAGCAGGGCUGAGCUGUCAGCAGGGCACGGUGAGCAGGGAGCCUUGGGACGGCAGGAGGGUGCUGCUGCUGCAUCAGGAGUGUGAGGCUGCUGCCUGCGUGUGGCGGGUCUUCAGCAGGACAGGGGAAGGAUUAGAGGCUGUGACGAGUGGUACGAAAGGGGAAAGAAGGUGACUAGCUGGUAGGGAGAGUUACAGCAAACAGCCCCUCCUCGUGCGCCUUGGCUGCACGCAAUGAAAGAUGAGCUUCUUCCCGAGAUCCUGGUGUGACUCUUCCCUGUCUUCUGUGUCGGCUGCAGAGGCCCUGAGGAGGCUCUGCCCACUGGGAACAAAGCACUCCAUUCAGCCUGCAUCAUAUUUUUAGCAAAGCAUGAUUCUUCUUCAGCUUCAAAAGUAGCAAGUGGGGAAUGCAGCCUACAUCAGUGCGAGAUGCAGAAUGAUCUCAUUCAGGCUGCAGCAUCUGUUUGGAUUGAAACAAUUACCAGUGAUAUCAGGAGAUCUGCAUUUCUUCUUGUUAUAGCCAGAGACCGUGGUAAACAAGGGCUGUUUGCUCAGUGUGCUUUCUGUGUCAAUGGAGCACAACUGGGGAGAGAUGCUUCUGUUCUGUGUCUGGGACCCGAGGCCACAAGCCUUGCGUUUCCAGCAGCUGGCUUUGCCUUUGUGCUUUGGAGGAGAUCUUGGGUUUCCUUUCGUGAUCUUUUUUCCAUCGUUAGGCUUUAAGCAGUGUAGGCAAUAGAAAUCCAUGUGUGUUUCUCCUUUCUGCCCCAUUAGCUGAGGCACUGUGACCUGCUGGAGUAUGGCUCUGUGUUAUGCUAAAGGCUUACAAGGGAAACAGACCAAGAAAAGAGUAGAGAUGAGUAAUUCCUGUGUUCACACCUUUGCUCUCACAUCUCACAGUUCUGUGCUUUGUGGAGGUUGCUUUGCUAUGCAUCUGCGUUCCUCCUUCCGCUCCCCAGCACUUCCCAGUAGCGUUGGCCAACGGAGCUCCAGCAGCCAGACCUGUUGCUGUGUCUGAGGGCAGUGUGAUGAUGGCAGGUGAUGCUGCUGAGGGACACAGGGUGGCUGUGUGCUGCUGGAGCAGCUCAGGAGAAGCAGAGUCUUUCAAGGAACAAGGGAACGCAUACUACGCCAAGAAGGAUUACAACGAAGCGUACAACUAUUACACAAAAGCCAUAGAUACCUGUCCCAACAAUGCCAGUUAUUAUGGUAACAGAGCUGCCACCCUCAUGAUGCUGGGAAGAUUCCGAGAAGCACUGGGAGAUGCUCAGCAGUCUGUCAGAUUGGAUGACAGCUUCGUAAGGGGCCAUCUACGGGAAGGGAAGUGCCAUCUCUCCCUUGGGAAUGCCAUGGCUGCCAGCCGCUGCUUUCAACGAGUUUUAGAACUGGAUCAUAAGAACACUCAGGCACAGCAAGAGCUAAAGAAUGCCAGUACAGUGCUGGAGUAUGAAAAAAUAGCAGAAGCGGAUUUUGAGAAACGAGAUUUCAGGAAGGUUGUAUUCUGCAUGGAUCGUGCUCUGGAGUUUGCUCCUGCUUGCCACCGAUUCAAAAUCCUCAAGGCUGAAUGUUUAGCACUGCUGGGUCGUUACCCAGAAGCACAGUCUGUAGCAAGUGACAUCUUAAGAAUGGACUCAACAAAUGCAGAUGCUCUGUAUGUCCGUGGUCUAUGCCUUUAUUAUGAAGACUGUAUUGAGAAGGCAGUGCAGUUCUUUGUCCAGGCACUCAGAAUGGCUCCUGACCACGAGAAAGCAUGUUUAGCCUGCCGUAAUGCCAAAGCACUUAAAGCAAAGAAGGAAGAUGGGAAUAAAGCAUUUAAAGAAGGAAACUACAAACUAGCUUAUGAACUGUACACAGAAGCACUAGGAAUAGAUCCUAAUAACAUAAAAACAAAUGCCAAACUCUACUGCAACCGGGGGACAGUUAAUUCAAAGCUUAGGAAACUUGAAGAAGCAAUAGAUGACUGCACAAAUGCAGUAAAACUGGAUGAGACGUAUAUUAAAGCAUACUUGAGGAGAGCACAGUGUUACAUGGACACAGAGCAAUAUGAAGAUGCUGUAAGAGACUAUGAAAAAGUUUAUCAGACAGAAAAAACAAAAGAACACAAACAACUUCUAAAGAAUGCACAGAUGGAACUGAAAAAAAGCAAACGGAAAGACUACUACAAAAUCCUUGGGGUCGACAAAAAUGCCUCUGAAGAUGAGAUCAAGAAGGCCUACAGGAAAAGAGCACUAAUGCAUCAUCCAGACCGACACAGUGGGGCGAGUGCAGAAGUACAGAAGGAAGAGGAGAAGAAGUUUAAGGAGGUUGGUGAAGCCUUUACCAUCUUGUCAGAUCCCAAGAAGAAGGCUCGCUAUGACAGUGGACAGGAUCUAGAAGAAGAUGGGUUGAACAUGGGAGACUUCGAUGCAAAUAAUAUAUUUAAGGCCUUCUUUGGUGGGCCGGGAGGCUUCAGUUUUGAAGCUUCUGGGCCUGGGAAUUUCUUUUUCCAGUUUGGCUAAAACACACACACCUGCUCUGCUGCUUUUAGCCUUGAAUACGGACAUACUUAGACUCCUUCCUCCAUCAUGUCUCAUUGUACUUAGAGCAGUUUCAUUUCUCUCGGUUGGAGACCUCAGUUUGUGUGCGUUUGUGUGUGAAGAGGAAACCAGCUCGGGGAAGGGAAGGCUUGUGGAUUUUGUUUUACUGUUAACUUUAUUAAAAAAGAAAAUAAUAAAGCUUUGAAUCUGUUGGUCCCUCCAUGCUGGCCCAUGCUUUCAGACUGCUCCUCAGCAGAGAGGAUUUCCCGGAGUCCUCCUGGAAUUCUGCCAUGUUCUGUUCUGGCUGCACAGCAUGGCAGCAUCUCUCAGCUUUGCAGGAGCUUCUCCAUUAUCUUAACUCUCUGAAAAUGUUGCCAACAUUCCCUCAGAUCUCACGCGAUUGCAUCUCACCUGCCAGCUGUCUUUGUCUCCUUUCUUUGCCAUGGUUUCCCAGAAUGGUGCACUUGGACUCAAUCAGUAACGCGUGAGCUGAGCAGUUGUGUGUCAGAGAGAAAUGGAUUUAAAAGAGCAGCUGAUGUGGGAGCUCCCUGUGGUGCAGCUAAAGCUGAGGGCUUCAUGUUCUGCUCCUGGAUUUGUCCUCUUGAAGAGAAUGUGGGAUUUGCUCUGGGCUUGAAUUUUUUCACCGUGUGUUUUUUCUUUUUAAUUAAUCCACUUGAACACUUCAUACCUGUGCUGUGAACUUGAUUCUGUUGGGUUUGAAAUCGUCAUGUUAGACUUUGUGUUACUGAUCCGUAGUGUGGAUGAACUCUUCUUAGCCUUGAAGAAAUGCAAAGUAAUAUUCAGGUUAUUACUGAA